AUGUGCAAGAAGAGGCUCCUUCGUAUCGAUCAAAAAGAGACAUUCUCGAAAAGUUCGAGCCACGGACUGACGUGCGCAGGCGCGGAGGGCGCGGCGCCGCAGCGCACGGCGGGGGCGGGGCUUGGGCUCGGCAACGUUACAACUAGCUGCAGCUUUUGGCAGCGCCAUUUUGAAAGCGCUGUUGCCGCGGCUCGGGUGUGUGGAGCAGGAGCUAAACGCCUGGUUCCAUCUUGUGGCUUGCCUGGCCUUUUUUUCCAUCCUACGGAUAUCUUUUUUAAUUUUUCCCCAGACUCCAGCGAAUUUGGGGGAGCCAUCAUGUUGAGAGGAAAUCUGAAGCAAGUGCGGAUCGAGAAAAACCCGGCCCGCCUGCGGGCCUUGGAGUCGGCGGCGGGGGAGAGCGAGACGGCAGCUGCGGCUGCCAUGGCGCUCGCUCUGGCCGGGGAGCAGGCGCCGCCCCCCUCGGCGCCCCAGGAGGAUCACCAGGAGGAAGAGAUGGGCUUCACUAUCGACAUCAAGAGUUUCCUGAAGCCGGGAGAGAAAACCUAUACGCAGCGCUGCCGCCUCUUUGUGGGGAACCUCCCCACGGACAUCACCGAGGAGGACUUCAAGCGGCUCUUCGAGCGCUACGGGGAGCCUAGCGAGGUCUUCAUUAACCGGGACCGCGGCUUCGGCUUCAUACGUCUGGAGUCCAGAACUCUGGUUGAAAUUGCAAAAGCAGAGCUGGAUGGCACCAUUUUGAGCAGACCACUCCGAAUUCGAUUUGCUACUCAUGGAGGCUUGACUGUCAAGAACCUUUCACCUGUAGUUUCUAAUGAGCUUCUAGAGCAAGCAUUUUCUCAGUUUGGUCCUGUGGAGAAGCUGUUUGUAGUGGUGGGAAAUCGUGGACGAGCAACAGGAAAAGGUUUUGUAGAAUUUGCUGCAAAACCUCCAGCACGAAAGGCCCUGGAAAGAUGUGGUGAUGGAGCAUUCUUGCUUACAACAACACCUCGGCCAGUCAUUGUGGAGCCCAUGGAACAGUUUGAUGAUGAAGACGGACUACCAGAGAAACUAAUGCAAAAGACACAACAGUAUCACAAGGAAAGAGAACAACCUCCUCGGUUUGCUCAACCUGGGACAUUUGAAUUUGAGUAUGCAUCACGAUGGAAGGCACUGGAUGAAAUGGAAAAGCAGCAGCGGGAGCAGGUUGACAGAAACAUCCGAGAAGCCAAAGAGAAACUAGAGGCAGAAAUGGAAGCAGCUAGACAUGAGCAUCAGUUAAUGUUGAUGAGGCAAGAUCUUAUGAGGCGCCAGGAAGAACUGAGACGUUUGGAAGAACUUCGAAAUCAAGAACUUCAGAAACGCAAGCAAAUACAGUUGAGACAUGAAGAAGAACAUCGUCGUCGUGAAGAAGAGAUGAUACGUCAUAGAGAACAAGAGGAACUUCGGAGACAGCAAGAAGGAUUUAAACCAAACUACUUGGAAAAUAGAGAACAGGAAAUGAGAAUGGGUGAUUUGGGUCCCCGUGGAGCAAUAAACAUGGGAGAUGCGUUUAGCCCAGCACCUGCUGGUAACCAAGGUCCUCCUCCAAUGAUGAGUAUGAAUAUGAACAACAGAGGAACUAUACCUGGCCCACCUCUGGGUCCUGGUCCUGCCUUGGGACCAGAAGGAGCUGCAAAUAUGGGAACUCCAAUGAUGCCAGAUAAUGGAGCAGUGCAUAAUGAUAGAUUUUCCCAAGGCCCACCAUCUCAGAUGGGUUCACCUAUGGGAAGUAGAACAGGUACUGAAACCCCUCAGACCCCAAUGAGUGGUGUAGGUCCUGUGAGUGGUGGUCCUGGUGGCUUUGGUAGAGGAAGCCAAGGGGGAAACUUUGAAGGCCCUAACAAACGUCGCAGAUACUAAAGAAUCUUUCAGUUCUUGCAAUUUAGAGAGAAGAAAAUUCAGUGGUAUGCCUUUAUAAUUUUACCUGUUUUCUGAAAGAAAUGAUUUUAUUGUUAAUGUAGUCUUUUCAAAGUUUCUUUUGUAAAACCUGAAGUUUUUGUAUUUUUUUUUCUUUAGUCGUACAUAAGCUUUGUAGUCUAGAGUGGAAAUGAUGAUGCUCAUCAUUGUGAAAGUCAAAUGUGUUUGUGACUUUAGCUAAAUAUAAACAUGCGAUCGUACUGUAAAACUUGUGCAGAUACUUGAUCUCAAUAAAGAAAUCAAUUUGAAUAA